CUCCUCCCUCUUCCCUCGUUCCUCUCGAUACCCAACCCAACCCAACCCCAACCUUCGCUUUCCCAACUCUCUCUCCCCAAUCACUCCAUCUCUCUCUUCUCUUCUCCUUCAAACCCUCCAUCCUUGAUCUCCUCCUUCGCCGAUCGCCUCGCCGGAAUCCCUUUCCCGCAUCGGGAUCUUCGCCGCUUGCCCCAUUUUCUGAGAUUCGGCCUCGUCACUGCGGGAGAGACGAGGGUUUAUAGUCUCCGGUGGAAUCGAGCGAUCGAUCGCUUUUUCUCGAGUUGAUUUCUCCGGAUUUAUAUGUCUGGAAGUGGAACGGCUGCCAGAUGCUCGGGGCCGCCGCCGUCCGGACAGAUCCUCCAGCCGCCGCCGAUGCCGUACCGGGAGGUCCUGCCUUUUCCUUCGGGGAGGCCCUCUUUUGUGCCUGGUGGGGUGUUUCAUUCGUUUCCUGCCUCCGAUUCACUUGAUGUCCGGACUCCCUUAAAAAGAAAGCCUGGACAAGAAAAAAACAAUGCUGCUGAAUCAAGUGAGUGGACUACUAGCCCUGGAUUCACUGAGGUCAUUACUAGCCCUUUCCAUACACCUGUAUCUGGCAAAGGAGGCCGGAAUAGUGGCAAACCCAAAGCUGCAAAAUCUAAUAAAUCCGGAUCCCCGACUCCUAUUCAAAAUGAUGGUUCUCCCAAAAACAAUCCAACCCCUGCUGGCACUUGCCGUUAUGAUAGCUCUCUAGGUCUCUUGACAAGAAAGUUCAUUAAUUUACUCAAGCAUGCAAAUGACGGCAUCCUUGAUCUAAACAAAGCUGCAGAAAUUCUAGAGGUGCAAAAGAGGCGGAUAUAUGACAUAACAAAUGUCCUCGAAGGAAUUGGACUGAUUGAGAAGAAACUUAAGAACAGAAUACACUGGAAGGGCCUUGAUGACUCAAACCCUGGAGAGUUGGAUGAUGGUGUUUCAUUUCUACAGGAAGAAGUUGAAAGUCUUUCCAUGAAGGAACACAAUUUAGAUGAUCACAUAAGUGAAAUGCAAGCAAAACUGAGAGAUCUUUGUGAAGAUGCAAACAAUCAAAGGUGGCUCUAUGUCACGGAAGAUGAUAUCAAGGGCCUACCCUGUUUUCAGAAUGAAACCUUAAUAGCAAUUAAGGCACCACAUGGCACCACCCUUGAGGUUCCAGACCCUGAUGAGGCCGUUGAUUACCCACAGAGGAGAUACAGAAUUAUCCUAAGAAGCACUAUGGGCCAUAUAGAUGUUUAUCUAGUAAGCCAAUUUGAGGAGAAAUUUGAGGAAAUGAAUAGUGCGGAUGCACCUUCUAGCCCCUUGCCUGCACCAAAUUCUAGAUCUGCUGAAGCGGCUGCUGCGACAGGUGAAAGCCAAAAGAUGCACAUGGAGAUUGAUGUUCAAGGCACUAAUGGUACUUCACAAGACUUAGUUAGUGGUAUGAUGAAGAUUGUGCCCUCCGAUGUUGAUACUGAUGCUGACUACUGGCUUCUAUCAGAUGCUGAAGUGAGCAUUACUGACAUGUGGAAGACACAACCUGAUGUUCAGUGGGAUGCCGAGGGUAAACAUGAUGAGGAUUUCAUAAUGGGUAGCAUCAACAGCCCGGGACCUCAGACACCAUCUGGUGGAUGUCCCCUAAAAUCCUAACUCCAAUUGGAGAGGAAAGCAGGAUUGGUUUGGUUAAUUGAAGGUCUUCACAAUUAAAUUUACAUCAUCAAUAUAAAUAUGUAACACCUGCACAAUAAUUAUUUGUAUUGUAGUCAGUCUGUUGUAAGAUGUUAGUGCUUGUUAACAAGAAACAGUUUGAGAACGUAGCAAUGCUACAUGUACAGAUGAUUAAUGCUAGUUUGGAACUCAGAGCAAAGGUUAAAAUCCAAGACCACUGAGCAAGGCCAUCCAGGUUUCCUCUUUUUCUCCAUUUGUUGUAUUUCCAACUUGUUUAUUUUUUUCCUAGGUUUUGAUCAUCACUUUGACAGUGUGGAUGAAUGAAUUGACAUAACACUGCAAAAGAGAUUGGAGGAAAUAAUUGGUUCAAGUUCAUGUGUUUGUCAGUCUGGGACAAAGAUUUCAUGGUUUCUAAUGGCCUUGUGACAUGUUCAUAUAAACAGGCACAAGAAAUUGUUCAGUCACUCAAUUGUCUAGGGAGGUAUAAUGAGCAGAGACACGUCCACAAGCCAU